AUGGCAAGAACCCUCCAAGAAGUGGAGUUGUGUGACGACGCUAUUAAGAAUGGUCCAUAUGCAUCGGUACGUACGCUAUACGGCCUUGCCUUUGACGACGGUAGUCGGUUGAACAGAAAGAAGCUGUGUCAAUGGACGGGUUUCCCUUUUGAGAUCGCAUCAGAUGACUUCAAUGAGAAAGUGGAUGAGGUAGUGCAGAAUUUUACGAUCGCAGAACUUUGUGGAGUCGGCCUUCUACUGGGGUUGAAUUGUGCAGGUACUCACCAAGAAGUGGCCGAGAGAAUUUGUUCAGUGUUGACUGAUUUUGAUCUGUUUACACAAGAAAGAGUUGUUCAAGAACAAGAGAGUGAAGACGAGGACGACGAAGAUGAUCCGGUAGACAGUGAUGAUGGUCGAGCAGGCGCGGCAGCAGUCCCUACGUUCACCAUGUCUUUCAGAGACAUCGAAGAUUCCGUACGCACUUUUAGUGGUGAUGACAAUUAUGCAAUCGAGACUUGGGUCGCAGACUUUGAAGACAUCGCUAAACUUAUGAAGUGGUCGGAACUGCAACGACUAGUUUUUGCGAAGAAAUCAUUAACUGGGCUUGCUAAGUUAUUUAUCCAAAGUCAGAGGAAUUUGGGUACAUGGAAGGACUUGAAACGCAGGUUAUUGAGUGAAUUUUCCAAGAAGGUGAGCACUGCUGAACUGCAUCGCAUGCUGAAUAAUAGAAAAAUGAAAAAAGAAGAAUCUCUCCAGGAAUACUUGUUGAAGAUGUGUGAACUCGCUUCAAAGGGUCAAAUUGAAGAGGAGUCAGUAAUCGAAUAUGUCAUUCAAGGUAUUAACGAUGAUCCUGAACACAAAUUUUUGUUGUAUGAAGCUGAAACUUAUGUCGACUUAAAGAAAAAAAUUGAAGUUUAUGAGAAGAUUAGAAAGACCCGUACACCUUCGACUCAAUCUGUUGGUCAACGUUUCCGAAAGCAUAACGAAAACAAAGGAACUUAUUCUCCGGGGUCUGUAGGAGCGAAGGGCAGUAGUAAACCCCCUCCAAAUCAGAACAUAAUUAGAAGAUGCUAUAAUUGUAAUGGUGUGGGCCAUUUCGCCUCAAAUUGUCCAAUUCCGGUGAGGGAAAAGGGUUCCUGUUACAAUUGCGGUUCAAAGGAACAUCAGAAGAGGAAUUGUCCAGGGAAGAAAAAGGAAGACAACACCACCAAUGUGAUAUCAACCGAGACACAAGAUCCCUAUAUGGUAAACGUUAAGAUUAAUGUUAAAGAUGAUUGUCAAACCGAAUGUAGCUAUAAUUUGAAUUCAUUAAUCGAUACAGGUAGCCCAAUUUCAGUUGUAAAAGUUCGGUAUGUCACCGAAAAUAAUUUCAAUGAAGGUCUAAAUCCAAAUUUAAAUUUCGUGGGUGUGAAUGGAUCGAAGCUUGAUAUUUUGGGUAUUUUUAACACGGAAGUAUUUGUUAAUGAAACUGUUUUACCCAUAAAAUUCUAUGUAGUUCCUAAUAGCACCAUGUCCUUUAACGCUAUAUUAGGUAGAGAUUUUCUCAAUACCAAGGGUUUCACGUUUACGUUAGGAGAUCAUUUAAAAAUUAUUUCAAACGAAUUUGAGAAAGUAAAUAACUUUGACGAAAUUUUACAUGUCGAUUUUAAGGUAGGUGAAGAAAUAAAAAGUAACAAAGAAGUACAGAUCAAUCCUUGUUUAGAUUAUGAUAAAAAAGUGGAAGUUUUGGAAGUGUAUGAUAAUUUUUAUUUAUGUAAUGACUCGCCAAAGAUUGAUUGUAAUUACGAAAUGAACAUUUGUGUUAAGAAUAAUCAACCAAUCUCUUUUAGACCACGGCGUUUAUCCUUUUCUGAAAAAGAAAAAUUACAAAACAUGUUAGAUGAUCUAUUAGAACGAGGCAUUAUUAGACCUAGUAGCUCUGAUUACUGUAGUCCAAUUGUACUGGUAAGAAAAAAGACAGGUGAUUUAAGGCUUUGCGUUGAUUAUCGCGAAUUAAACAAAAUUACUAUUAAAGACAACUUUCCUACUCCUUUGAUAGAAGACAAUCUGGAUCGACUUCGAAACAAAAGAUAUUUUACGACCCUUGAUCUUAAGGAUGGUUUCCAUCAUGUUCGUGUAGCAGAAUCGUCGAUUAAAUUUACUAGUUUUAUCACACCUUUAGGGCAAUUUGAAUAUCUUAGAAUGCCUUUUGGGUUAACUAAUGCCCCAAGAGUUUUUAACAGAUUUAUUAAUUUAGUUUUCAAUAAAUUAAUUCGAGCAAACAAAAUUAUUUUGUACUUAGACGACAUUCUAAUAGCGACCAACAGUUACGAAGAACAUUUAGAUAUUUUGAAAGAAGUAUUUGGUGCAGCCUCCCAACACAAUUUGCUUUUUCGAAUUGAUAAAUGUGCUUUUCUUAUGUUUGAAAUUUCUUAUUUAGGAUAUCUAGUAAACAAUGAUGGCAUCAGACCUGAUCCGAAAAAUGUCGAAGCAAUUUUGCAGUAUCCAAUUCCUACAAAUGCUAAGGAAGUUCAUAGGUGGGCACUAUUCUUACAAAAUUAUGACUACGAAUUGCAACAUCGUCCGGGAACACGGAUGAUCCAUGUUGAUGCUUUAAGUCGAGCCAACAAUAUUUUAGUACUAGAGGAAAAUACACUGGAACAAAAUUUAGCUAUUUCUCAAAACUUAGAUUCGAGUAUUCAAAAGGUUAAGUCUGAACUCGAAACCCGCGAAAGUACAAAAUUUGAACUUAGGAAUGGACUAGUGUAUAGAAAGAGCAAAGGAAAGCUUUUAUUUUACGUUCCUUCGUUGAUGGAAAGUCAGAUCUUAACUAUGUGUCAUGAUAAUUUCGGUCACGUUGGCGUGGACAAAACUAUGGAGUAUCUAAAACGCAGCUAUUGGUUUCCUAGUAUUAAAGAAAAAGUGAAAUAG